AUGCGCGCCGCUCGCUUUUUGCCCGUGUUCGCGGGCAUUGCCGCCGCCGCCUGCAACGGAAACGAUGCCCUCUGCGGGAAGAAGUAUUCGGACGUGACUUUCGUUGGGUCCCACAACAGUGCCUUUGUCGGCAUCACGCCGGCCCAUAACCAAUAUAUAUCGGUGACGGACCAGCUCAACCUGGGCGUGCGGUUUCUCCAGGCCCAGACCCAGAAUAAAGACGGCCAGAUCCAGAUGUGCCAUACAACCUGCAUCUUGCUGGACUCAGGACCACUGUCCAAAUAUCUCGGGGAGAUCACUACUUGGAUGGAGGCUCACCCACAGGAUGUGGUCACCCUGCUUCUCACCAACAUCGAUGCGCUGCCUAUCACGCAGUUCGGCGACACGUUCAAGGACACGGGUCUGGAGAAGUACGUCUUCAGGCCCAAGGAGAAGGUGGCCAUGGACCAGUGGCCGACGCUUCAGAAGCUCAUCGACGACGGCACCCGGCUGGUCAUUUUUAUGGGCGGGCUGACAGCGACAGACUAUCACUCCGACACGAGCAAGGUGGACUAUAUCCUCGACGAGUUCCAGUACUACUGGGAGACUCCAUUCGGCGAGACGAACGCGGAUUUCCCUAAUUGCACCAUCAACCGGCCGCAGGGUGCCAACCCGAACGGCUACAUGUACCUCGUCAAUCAUUUCCUCGACGUUGAGUUAUUUGCAGGUAUCACGAUCCCAGAUCAAUUGAAUGCACCGAAAACGAACUCGCUGCAGUCCAUCGACAAGCAGGUAAAUUUAUGCAGAGGGAUGUGGGGACGAACACCGAACGUCCUUCUGGGGCAAAAGUUUGACUGGAUCAAUAUUGGCGAGGCGAUAAAGGCACAGAGCCAAUAUAACGCUUGA